AUGGUUUUUUUGAGUGGUAUUGAAUGCGCCGUCGACCUCGCACCCUCACACGCGUAUCGAUGCGCCCUUCAAUACAUCGAGUGGGCCCUGUCAUCUUGUACUAAUGAGGUGAACAAAAAAUGCAGAUCGGGCGCGCGCGCACGACGACAACUUGGACACAGUGUGAUAGCAGACACGAAAUUUGUACAAGUCGCACGAUGGUGCAUCUUACCCUUACCGUCGACAGCGCAUUGGCUGCCGUGGUGCUUCUUCGCGAAGUCGACAAUGGCAAGGCGCAGAAAAAUAAACCGCUCUUUAUCGUUUUCUUUCACUCUAUCCCCCUCUUCGUCUCCUCCACGGAUUCACCGCGCUGCAGUGUUAGUGUCUAGUCCUAGUGUACCUCGCCUGCUUUUCUCUGCGCUCUGCCUCCUGAGUUUUUCUGGCGCCGAGCUCUUGGUUUCUGGCGUGCGACUUAGCACGAAACUUACUCGAAGCCGAAGCGCAAUGACUGCCACUACCGACAACACGAGCUGUGGCCGUCAUCAGCGGCGUCUUGGCGACUCCGUAGUGGUGUCUCGGGCUUUCUUUUACAUGGUUAUCGGCGUCCUCCUGUGCCUCCCCGUGUCGAGCUCCGCUGCGGGCUACAACGCAUCUGCGCAUGUGAACAGCGACUUCGCCGUCAAUGCUCUUACUAGUGGACUCAAGCUGAUCAUGCUGGUGGAGAGCUCCCCUCGCAACUUCAGUUCAGACGCCUUCCUCGGUAACUUAUACAAUCUCUACUCAAGCGCCGAUAAAGCCAUCGCGAACAUCAGCUGUGUGUCCAUCGUGAACUGGUGUGCCUCGAAUUCCAAUGUGCUCAACACCACCAUCUCGUGUCCUAACGGUACCAAGUACAACAACAACUCGAACUACACCUACGUGUACGUGCAGGUGCAGCUGAGCGGGUGGGAGAGGUCGACGACGGUGCUUCCCAGCAGCGUCGACCUCUCCUCUGCUGGUGUCAUCUCGAGCUCGAUCGUCGCCUACUUCCCUGGUCUUCAUAAUCCAGACCUGAACACGUCUGGAACCGGUGGCGGCCUCAUCCUGGAGUUCACGUCUGAUUUUGUGCUCACCUACGCCGUCUUUGGGGUCCUGAUGGCCAUCGCCGUGUUCGCCUUUAUCGGGGUGGCGGUGUGCGUCUGUCUGUGUGACAAUCGUCAGCUCAAUCGCAACAAGAGCGUCAUGGACCGAGCCAUUCGAGCCGUGCAUCUCAACUAUGUGGCCGCCCUCUACGGCCGUAGACGGCACCAGCAGCAGCAGCCAACCCCGGCGGGCUUCAACGAGCACUACAACAUGUAUGCUGACAUAACGUACAACGGUUCUGCUGACGCGCUGCGUGUCUCACAGCACUCACUGAACUCGCCACAGACCAACGGGGGACAGGCAACGGCUCGAGGCAACGACUUGGUCUACUCGCCACGGGAGGCUGACAAUACCCAUGAGAUGGAGGAGGUGGGCGAUCCGCAGUCAAGAGACUGGGACAGCGCAAAGCACAAGAGGAUGUGA